AUGACAAGCGCGCUAGUAUACGUUCAGAACCAUAACGGCGGACUAAUUAAAUGCCGCGCAUUACUAGAUACUUGUGCUUCGACGAAUUUCAUCUCAGAAUCAAUAGUAAAACGUUUAAACAUACCCGUAUACACGCAACCGUUAUUGAUUGGUGCAAUUAACGGCAUAAGUACCGAAUCGAAAGGUCUGGUGCAUAUCAGUAUAAAAUCUAUUCACGAUGACUUCACAAAGAAUUUGACGUGCUUGAUAAUACCGACUAUUACCGACUCGGUACCCUCCGAAGUUUUCCCGCGCAACACAAUCAGAAUACCGGGAAACGUUAGCCGAUAUCGAAAAAAUGUGCAAGUGCAAGUACACAAUGACGACCGACGUUACCAGCGUAUUAUAUGGCGUAGGGAUGGAGAGAUAAAAACGUUUCAGUUAAAUACACUUACAUUCGGUGUUGCGUCUUCUCCGUUCCUCGCAAUUCGGACUAUACAGAAACUCGCGGAAGAUGAACAACAUUUAUAUCCGCGAGCGGCCGAGGUACUCAAAUCGCAUCUUUACGUCGAUGAUUUACUGACCGGCGCUGAAACGAUAGAUGACGCUCGAAUAUUAAGAGACGAAGUGAUAACAUUGCUAGCUCGCGGUGGGUUUAAUAUUCGACAGUGGGCUUCAAAUGACAAACGCGUAAUUAAUGAUUUAACACCCAACGCGUUACAUGCGAACCUUGCGUUGAACGCAGAUCACGCGUUAAAAACGUUAGGCAUAACAUGGAAUAUACAAAACGAUGAAAUACGCUAUUUGACCAAACCGAUUGGAAAUGCAACAAAAAUAACCAAAAGAAACAUACUAUCAGAAAGUGCAAAAAUUUUCGAUCCAUUAGGCUUGUUAGGCCCUGUCAUCUUAUAUAUCAAGAAAAUAAUGCAGGACGUCUGGCGGUGCGGAUUACAUUGGGACGAGUCCGUCCCGCAAACCAUACAUUCUGAUUGGUUGGAAUUCACGAGACAAUGGGAAACGAUGGGUCAAAUUUCUUUCCCGCGUAAAUUAUUAACCGACGAUUGUCAAGACGUUCAAUUGCACGGGUUUUGCGACGCUAGUAAUACAGGUUAUGGGGCAUGUAUAUAUAUACGGUCGUUGGGAAAAGACGGAAAUGUAGUAGUCAGACUAUUAUGCGCUAAAUCGCGCGUUGCGCCAUUAAAGACAAUCACCAUACCGCGUCUAGAACUUUGCGGCGCUUUAGUAUUAGCUCAGUUAUAUCGGGAAACUAAAGAUACGUUAAGGGUUACCAUUAAUAGAACCGUUUUUUGGAGUGACUCCACUAUUGUGUUACAUUGGCUUAACACAACUCCACAUUUAUUAAAAACUUACAUAGCUAAUCGCGUAGCAACAAUUCAAGAAAUUACCGGCUCGCAUGAAUGGCGACACGUCAGAACCGCAGACAAUCCCGCGGAUGCAAUUUCAAGAGGUCAGUUGCCUUUCAAUUUUUUACGAAAUCGCGCAUGGUCUACGGGACCUACAUGGUUGAUUAGAAGCGAAUCGGAAUGGCCAAAUGAAUUCGAACAACUAGCGGAAAUACCCGAAUUAAAAAAGAAUAUUUGUUUACUGUCCGUGCAUACUGACCUCGAUAUUUUCGGCAAAUAUUCAUCGUACUCAAAAUUACUCAGAGUCAUUGCAUAUUGCCUUAGGUUCCGACCUAAUAAUAAAUAUAGCGGUACUUUGUGCGCGGAAGAAAUUAACAUCGCCGAAACAAAAAUACUGAAAUUGCUUCAAGCUCAUCAAUUCGCUGACACGAUCCAAGAAUUAAGUAAUAACUCGAUAUACAAAGGAAAAUUUGCUAAUUUAAGUCCAUUUAUUGAUGAGAAUGGCUUGGUUCGAGUUGGCGGACGACUUCACAAAUCAGAUCUUACAUUUUCACAGAGGCAUCCAAUUCUACUUCCAAACAGACAUUGCUUAACAGACAAUAUCAUUCGCGAACUUCACAAGAAACACUACCACGCGGGCAUUCAAACCACAUUGUACAUUUUGCGUCAAAGGUUUUGGGUCUCAGAUGGCCGAAAUCAAGCGGUACAUCUGGAAGUGGUAAGCGAAUUGACUUCCGACGGGUUUAUCGCAGCAUUACGUAGAUUCAUCGCGAGACGCGGUCUGCCUCAGCACAUUUAUUCGGAUAACGGCACUAAUUUUGUAGGUGCAAACAAUCAAUUAAAAGAAAUAUAUGCCUUACUAAAUUCCGAAGAACAUAAGACUCGCGUGAGUGAAUUCGCACUCGAACAACGAAUCACAUGGCAUUUUAUACCGCCAUUAGCACCCCACUUUGGCGGGCUGUGGGAGUCCACCGUGAAAUCGUUUAAACAUCACGUUAAACGCGUAAUAGGCAAAACUUUAUUUACAUUUGAGGAAUUGUGCACUUUUACGACCGAAAUCGAGGGGAUCUUAAAUUCUAGGCCAAUCGCGACAAUUUCGUCAGACCCAAACGACUUACUAGUGUUGUCCCCCGCCCACUAUUUAAUCGGGAAGCCAGUCACCUCUCUGCCGGAAAACGAUCUAUUGAGUGUUCCAGACAACCGUUUAUCCGUUUGGCAACACAUUGCUAAGAUGCGACAGGACUUUUGGGCACGAUGGAGUUUGGAGUACUUGAACGAACUCCAAGUCCGUGGCAAAUGGAAAACGGACGGACCCAAGCUUACCAUCGGAGCCGUUGUACUCAUCAAAGAGAAAAACCUACCAUGUACUCGUUGGAUGUUAGGCAAGGUGACAAGCAUACAUCCCGGCGAAGAUGGCAUCACGCGAGCUGCGACCAUUAAAACAACUACUGGAGAAAUAAAGAGAUCCGCGAAAUCUCUCUGCAUACUGCCGAUAGAAUGA